AUGGCUGCUGCCGCCGACAUGGACAACACCCUGGAUCAGACGACACUUGCCACAAUCAAUCUCCUCGAGUCGCGUCUCCUCCGCCUCGAGCAUCUCCUCCAUGGCCCUGCGACAUCACUCCCUCAUGUACACAAAGACUCUGCUGCUCAGAAGUUGAAGGAUAUGGAAAGACGGUUUUCGAUGAUCAUCUCCCAUUUCCGAGUCUACAACGAACUUCUUAAAAUUUACAAGUCUAAUCCGGACCUUUUCCACUCCCCGGAUGCCUCUGUACCACCAUCUCAGCUGUCAAGCGACGCAAUUCAAUCCAUCGUACUAUCGCAGGCGCCUGCCUAUUCCUCGGCGCUAUCUUCCCUCACGGCUGUACAAGACAGCCCCAUACCCGAUCCGUCGGAAAGCGCAUCUCUCAUAGCCCUGACGGACAAGAUGAAAGCUAUCGAGGCAACCCAGAUUGCACAAUUGGCAGAAAUUUCUGAGCUAAGACGAAGAAGCGAGAUGGUCAUCCGCGCUUGGUACGAAAAUUGGGUGCUGAACAACUCUCAGUCUCUUGCUGAUGUCGAAACACGGGUGGAACGGAUAGAGAAGCAGAUUCGGCAGAGAGAGCGGGCUUUUGAGGACGCCAAGCAAAUAUAG